AUGGGCCGAAAGCUCUUCCUCAGCCAUCUGGCAGACGUCGGUCGUCUCGAUAACGAGCGCAUUCAUGGCGUUCGCAGUCCCGAAGAAGGCACCGUGAUCUUCACCUACGUCUCUCCGACAAGCCCUUUUGACAAUGUCGACAUUCAAGCAUACGCCACCGAUCUAGGAGAGUAUCCUGACGGCAACUCAUUCGUGCUUUGCACUCAAGAUGAGUCUGCCGGGCAUGUGGUUUCCACAGUGCUACAAAGACUUACUGGGAGCGCGCAUGGCAAGUCGCUCGUCAGCCUUCUGUCCGAAGUCUCGGAAAGCCUCACAAUAGCCAUCUCCGCGGGUUAUCCAGCCGACAACAAAACAGAAGAGGGUAUACAAGAUGCCGACGACUUUGAUUUCGACUUCGAGGGCGACUCCGACAAUGAAUUCUUCGGCCCAGUCGAGAGCAAACCAUCCAGUAGCGCGGAUAUUGACAGCGUGGUUCUCGGCCCCGGCGUUACUUCGGAGGUCGACACCGAAAAACUGGCACGGGUGCGGGCAGACCUCAAGGCCCUCAAGGAAUCAGGCUUUCGUGUUGGAGCGUUUGGAAACCCUGCAACGUCUGGCAUUUUAUGUGUCUCGAUUCGGAUCCCCAAGCUCGGUCUCUCGGACGAAGCUCUCGAAGCAUGGGGUAUUCCUCGACAGCACUACCUGUUGCUACUGAUUAGAUACACUCAAGGUUACCGUGAUGCAACCAGAGUCGCGGAUAACAAGGACCUCAUGAGCUCGGUACAAAUGCAUGUGGGACUUUGUAAACAUUACAAGCCUUCCGCACGCCACGUCCUCGUCGUCUUCCAGCGUGCCACCACGGACAGUGGUACUUCGAGAGAUCAGGCGAAUGACACAGCCGCGAAUGAUUGUGCUGUCGAGCCUUUGUUCGUCGGAAAAGCAUUGAAUCAGUUCCUGGAGGAACGCGUAUUCAAGAUCAUCCACACUCGGCACUUAUACCACCUGACCUGGCUUGGAGCAGAGAAAUUUAUCGCAGAGAGACAAGCAUCUGCAUCUAGCGACAUUGUUCUCGACCUAACGCCGUAUCAUUGCGACGAUUCUGCUAGUGCCCAAAAUCUGCCGCCUAUCGUUCUUGCCGACCACAUGCUUCAGGUACCUCUCCCGCAGGCUUCGUUACCACUGAUGAUUAUGCAGUUUGUCCUCAGGCACGUUGUCAGAUGCACAGAAUUCUGCCUGGUGUGCCAUUGCCCAGUUGAUGAAUCCUUCGAAGCUUUGAAACCAUACGUCUGCCUCAAACCUCUCUGCUUGUUUCAGUAUCUGGCGCUUGGAUUCGGCCCUAGCCUCGAGUGGGAGAUUUUGACCCAGCCUUACGUGGUUGAUAUCUUGGUUAGUUUCUGUUAUGCUGCCGCAUCCAACGGCCGACUCAAGGAUUUGCCGGUGGGCAUGAAUUUACUGGUUCCUCUUAUUCGACAAUAUGAAGCUGCUGACAUUGAGGUACUCUCGUAUCGCGGAUAUACUCGGAAACCCAAUCCGUCGACCCAGCCUACAGCCACAACACCAGAACCGUCUUUCAUCGGCUCGUGGGAUACGAGGGCACUGAGGCUGGUGGCGGAAGAGGCCCAAGGGUCAGCGGGUGUUGCAACGAAGAAGACGGAUGAAGAGGCGAAGAACGCUACAGCACGACAGGCCUCGGUAAAGAAGGUCAAGGCUAAGGAUUGGAUCGCACUGUGUUCGGCAAAGAAUGGACUUAUUGCGCAUUGCCGGGUCAGGAGCGUCGACCUACCUCAGGUCUCGCUUCACCAGCCCAUCCUCGUGUCCUCAAAGUCUUCGGUGGUAGACUCUAACACAGAACCUGAGAUGGGAGCUGCAUGCCAUCACAAGGACUCUCUUUACAAAGUCGACUGCUACCUAUACGAUGAAAAUUUCGACGAAAUCUCAAUAACCUCCCAACAAACGGCCAUCUUAGCGUUGCUCGAUACUUUGCCAGGCGUCAACGACAUGCGGAAGUAUUUAGAAAUCCAGGGACGAACUCAGAGCCACAACCUAAAGGCAUGGAGUGACAGAAUAUCCGACUCAGCACUCAAUCUUUUGCGUUGGAUCGUCGCCUCGAACCGAUCCUGCAUUUUACAAGUCGAUGAGAUUUGCGAGGAGGAAAGCUCUAAGAUCCCCGGAAGGCCUGCAGACCGGGUAGGCGGAAUGGACGCAUGGAUGCAAUUUCGCUUUGCACAAGGUGCUCCGGAUAAAGAGAAGCGCUUCAAUGAUUGCGUGAAAAAGCAGGCAAAGGCUACAGGAACUGAAUAUCCAACCCUCUUUGCGUGGCAUGGAAGCCGCAUUGCAAACUGGCAUUCUAUAAUUCGCCAAGGCCUCCAUUAUGACGAAGUCAUCAAUGGGAGGGCGUUCGGCAACGGUAUCUACAUGAGCAACGCCGCAACAACGAGUUUGACUUACAGUCAGCAUAUCAGCGGCGCGGGUCCAGCAGGAUGGAAACCUUCUGCACUGAAGAUCGCCAGCGUCCUGUCUCUGCAGGAGGUAGUGAACAACACGGACAAAUUCGUUUGCAAGCAUCCUCACUAUGUGGUUGCCGAUAUCGAUUGGGUGCAGACACGAUACCUCUUCAUCAAGACCAAAAAUGGGGCAACUAACGCAGACGAGUCGAAGCGUGCAGUGUACAAGCAGGAUCCGGCACGGCUGGUCUACAAUGAACUUGGUCAGUCCAUCUCGAUCCCUAUAACGGCCAUUUCCAAGUCCCGCAGAACCUGGAACAGCACUGCAUCGCCUUCAAGACCCCAGGAGAAGCGCUCGAAGACCGUCCACCACACUGAUCAAGCUUGUGCUGAAUGUCGAGCCGACGAUGACGAGAGUGUUUCUUCCGAUGCAGAAGAUCUGUCCCUUCUCCAAGAACCCAACGACAGAAACGAUCCUACUUCUCGCGCAUCUCCAACAGAUACCGCGGCAACGGACAUUGGUGACACGAAGGGUCACGCGAAGCCAACGAUUGAUACCAAUUUUGUGCCUGGUAAGCUAGACUUGAAGGGGAUCAAUAUCAUGGAAGAACCACAGAACGCUACCCCAACUGCAACCAAAGCACUUAUGCGCUUACUCAAGGAAGCCUUGAACACCCAGCAACAUACAGCACCAGCAACGCUCGGAUGGUAUAUUGACCGCAAUCUCAUCCACAACAUGUACCAGUGGAUUGUGGAGCUGCAUAGCUUUCCAGGAGAUCUAGGUCUGGCACAGGACAUGAAGGCGGCAGAGCUGACAUCGAUUAUCAUGGAGAUGCGAUUCACAAGCCAAUAUCCUUUCAGUCCACCAUUCAUUCGAGUAGUUAGGCCUCGAUUUCUUCCUUUUUCUCGAGGUGGAGGUGGGAACGUGACCGAAGGAGGUGCGAUGUGUAUGGAAGUACUGACCAACAACGGCUGGAGCGCCAGUCUCAGCAUUGAGAGUCUCUUGCUUCAGGUACGGCUCGUUCUGAUGGACACAGAGCGCCCGGCUAGGUUGGCUGCUCCGUCCCGAAAUGGUGGGCAGAGCACCUACGGUAUUGGCGAGGCCAUUGAUGCGUACAUUCGUGCAUGUCAGGCGCACGGUUGGCAGGUUCCAGCUGGCUUCGAUACGAUCUCGCAGUGA